GCGGCUCUUUGUCGAAGCUUGAGGACCGGCAGGCGGCAGCAGCAACUACGGCGGCGGCGGCAGAAUCCAGCAGUGAUGUGGAGGUGGAGACCCACAGGAGUCCCGGACUUCACCUGAGCUACCUCAGCAGUCACCAAGAGUGGCAAGAAAAGGAAGAAAACCCUGACGUAGGGGGGACCAGGAUGCCUGACCGGGACAGCUAUGCCAAUGGCACUGGAAGCAGCGGAGGCGGCCCUGGGAGCGCUGGCAGUGAGGAGGCCAGUGUGGCAGGAGCAGGCAAUGGCGGGGCCAGCUCAGAUGCCAUCUGCAGAGACUUCCUGAGGAAUGUGUGCAAGCGAGGCAAACGUUGUCGAUAUCGUCACCCAGAUAUGAGUGAGGUAUCCAACUUGGGGGUGAGCAAAAAUGAAUUCAUCUUCUGCCAUGACUUCCAGAACAAGGAGUGUAGCCGCCCAAACUGCCGUUUCAUCCAUGGCUCCAAGGAGGAUGAGGAUGGCUAUAAGAAGACAGGAGAACUUCCCCCUCGGCUGAGGCAAAAAGUAGCAGCUGGCCUGGGCCUUUCCCCAGCUGACCUGCCAAAUGGAAAGGAAGAGGUCCCUAUCUGCCGUGACUUCCUCAAGGGUGAUUGUCAGAGAGGAGCCAAGUGCAAAUUCCGUCACUUACAACGGGAUUUUGAGUUUGAUGCUCGAGGUGGAGGAGGCACUGGAGGUGGGGGCUCAACAGGCUCAGUUCCCCCAGGACGACGUCACGAUCUUUAUGAUAUCUAUGACCUUCCCGACAGGGGCUUUGAGGACCAUGAACCAGGCCCCAAGCGCCGGAGAGGUGGCUGCUGCCCUCCUGACGGCCCUCACUUUGAGGCCUACGAAUAUAGCUUGGCCCCACCACGAGGGGUAGAAUGUAGACUACUAGAGGAAGAGAACGCCAUGCUCAGGAAGCGCGUAGAGGAAUUAAAGAAGCAGGUCAGCAACCUGUUGGCCACCAAUGAGGUACUCCUGGAACAAAAUGCCCAGUUCCGCAAUCAAGCCAAGGUCAUGACCCUGAGCUCCACUGCACCAGCCACUGAGCAAACUCUAGCCCCCACUGUGGGCACUGUUGCCACUUUUAACCAUGGCAUUGCCCAGACGCACACUACGCUCAGCAGCCAGGCUCUACAGCCUCGUCCUGUGUCCCAGCAAGAACUGGUAGCCCCUGCUGGAGCUCCAGCGGCUCCCCCAACUAAUGCUGCACCUCCUGCUGCUCCACCACCCCCACCCCCACACUUGAACCCAGAGAUCACGCCACUCUCAGCUGCUCUGGCUCAAACAAUUGCCCAGGGAAUGGCACCCCCACCUGUCUCCAUGGCUCCUGUAGCUGUAUCUGUGGCUCCUGUGGCUCCUGUGGCUGUAUCGAUGGCCCAGCCCUUGGCAGGAAUCACAAUGAGCCACACCACCACUCCCAUGGUGACUUACCCCAUUGCUUCCCAGAGCAUGCGCAUCACAGCCAUGCCGCACUGAUGGGGCUAAUGGACAUUCCCCUGGUAUAGCCUCUCAGGGCUGAGGUCAAGGGGCGCUUGCCCACUGGCCUCAAGAACUAGGACAAGAGCCCAAGGAAUAUGCUUCUGAGGAGCAUUUCCGGAGGCGGAGGCGGACAGGUGUGUUCUCAUCUGUCUUUUAGGAGUGUACUCUUGUCCUUCAGGCCUCACUCAAGUGGUGGUUUGCGUAGAAGUUCAGACUGAAGCCAGCAGCAAGGAAGGAAGGACUAACUGGGGGUCUCUGCCCUUGGUCCUCAAGGAAGUUGAGGACAUGCCUGGUUGUGCCCUCUCUUCUGAACAGCACAGGUUCCAGCACUGGUUUUGGAAGACAAAGUACCCCACCCAGAGGGAGAUGGAGGAAAGAUUGGGAAGUGGGUGGCCAGAGAGAAGAUCUCAUAGGAGCCUUCAGAGGAUUUGUGGCCCAGUUGGUUUGAAUAAUACAGAAACUGCUCCUGGGCCCCUGGGAAGGCCGGGACCAUAGUACUCCAGCCCAAAGACUAGGGGAGCAUUCAUUUACCUAGCUUGGUCUGGAUAUCUGUAGGGCAGGGCCCACUACUUUCCAAAGAAAUAAAAGAACAAUUAUUUUUAACAAAUAGAGGCAGUGAAAACUUUCUUAGGUGCCCUUUGUGGAAGAUGGGAGCAUAAAGUAGAUCUAAUGCCAAAAUGGGGUAAAUACCCUACCCUCACAUAGCUUGGGUAAGUUGGAUGGAUGCCAUCAAAGAUGGCUAGGGACCAAAUGGAGCCUUGGGGAAGGCACUUCGUGGGGUAAAAGCAUUGGAGCCACCUUGUCUAGUUUAAAAAUAGUCCCAUCUGUUUCUGGUCUCUGUCUGCAUGCGCUAUUCCCAGGUUGCCUUAGUAACCGGGGCUCCUAGGGUCAUUUAGGGGGGCAGGUACUAAGGAGGGUGUAUGUGCUGAGAAAUGGGGUUGAGAUAUUAUGGAGUUAGCAGAUAAUUCCCUUAACUCAAACAGCAGGGCAGGUGGCAUUGCCUCUCUGGAGUUGUUGAUAGCAGUUAUGUCCCUCCUCCAGCUCCAGGCCUUCUCUAGUGACCAAUGCCUUAAGCCUUCAAAGGCUCAGGAGGGACUGGAAUAAGGGAGUUCUUCUGAGGACACAAGCCUCAGGGUUAAUUUCCUUUCUUUCCUCUGUCUCUCUACAUAGGACCAGAGGUUUUAAAUCCACUUAAGGCCAGGGACCCCAGGGACUCCAGGGACCAAAUUUCAGUUCCUCCUCAGCUCCUGGCUAAUGCAGGGGAAACCUCUGAAGAGAGUAGUGAAUGGCACAGUGGACUGGAGGGCAUGCCAAGUAGUUCUGUGUUGUGCUUCCCUCAUUGUAUCUUCACCUACCUCUUGCUCUCUGGUAAGGUUGACAAAUCAGGUUUGGAGAUGCUGGGCUAGAUCAAGGCUGGUCAGUGGGGUUAAAAAUAAAAUGCCUAGCACAGUAGCCUGUCCCUGUAGUUUCAGCUCCUCAAAAGGCUGGGUGGGGGCUAGAGAACCACUUGAGCCUUGAGUUGGAGCCCAGUCUGGUAAACAGAGAGACCCUUAUCUCUCAGGGAGUGCUAAAG